AUGGCGGACACCAGGGACGCAACGUCCCCUACGGAUGAAGAAUCGGCCCCGCUCCUUCAAGACGCGCAGCAACCACUGCCGAAGCCAACACUCCUCGAACGCAUUACCUCGAUAGUCCAAGAACCCUUCACGCCGCUGACGCAGAUCCUCCUCAUUGUCGCGCUUAUCUUCCUCUUACUCAGUUCUGUCUUCAUCGGCCUCUUCGCCGGAGCGCAGCACAAACUGAACGGCAAGCAUGGCGGGGAUGGAGAAGCCCCUCCGGCCAAGACAGUUACUGUCACAGCUACGGCGACUGCUACAGCCACGGCUACCGCCACUUCCACUUCUGUAUCAACGUCUACUGUUGGUGCGCCUCCCCUUCCCACGGCUCCUCCAGCAGAGCCCUUGUGCUUGACUUCGGACUGCAUCCUCCUCGCUUCGUCUGUUCUGUCGUCACUUGACAUGACACAGGACCCGUGCGAGAACUUCUACGAGUAUGCGAACGGUGGUUGGUUAAAGGAACAUCCUGUUCCCUCCGACAAGGGGGCUUUUGGCCAAUUUGAAGCCCUGUCACUUCAGAACAAACGUCUGUUGCAGCGGAUUCUGUCUUCGGACUCGCCGUCGCGCUUUACUGAAUUGUCCGCGUCUUAUGGCGCAUCGUACGAUGAUCAAAUUCUCAAGAAGCUGCGCGGCUUGUACUCUUCGUGCUUGAAUGAGGACAAGCUUAACGAGAUUGGGACGGAGCCUUUGGCGAAGGUGACUAGCAAGAUCCGGAAACUGUUGCGAGGCGAGACAACGGUGGUCGAGCUUGCUUCGACCGACAACAAGCCAGGGAAGGAGGGUCUGACCGCUGCGGUUGCCUAUCUGCAUUCUCGGGGUAUCGACGCACUAUUUGAUGUGACUAUCGAGGGUGACGUAGGUCAGGAUCCCAACUUCAUGGCACUUUGGUUUGGUCAGCCCGGGCUUGGCCUGCCUUCGAAGGAAUAUUAUGAGGAAGACGAUGUUGUGGAGUUCUACCAAAAUGUGCUAGAGCAUCUCCUUGUGACACUGGCAGAAGAAGAGAAGGCACUUGAGAUACGGCAGAAUGCCCCAACUACAUCGACUGUUCACGAAGAGCGUCUAAGAGUCUGGCCUCCCUGGCCAUGGCCACCAUGGGGUGGCGAUGAUGAUGACCAAAAAGAGCCGGAAGACCCGAUUAACCAGACAGAGAGAGCGCACGAAUUGGCGAUGAAGAUUGUCAAGCUGGAGAAAGCGAUUGCGAAUGCCAGCCUGGAUCUAGAUGUCAUACAGCAGGAUCCAUUUGCGACGUACAAUCCUGUCCCGCUGGAGAACCUCACUUCCACUGUUCCACAGAUUGACUUUCCCGCUUAUUUUACGUCUUUCGCUCCCCGGAAUUUCCCAUCAACUGUCAUAUUGACUUCACCGACCUACGCGGUAUCGCUGUCUGCAAUUUUGAAUGAGACUAGCACCGACACCAUUGAGGCCUACUUCGUGACUCGCGCUGGACUUGGUUUUGCACCGUAUCUUGGUGUUGAGACCGAGGCGUGGAAGGCAGUGCGAAGCCUGGAAGAGCGGCUGCGCGGUCUGAAGAAAGGCGCGAUUGGCGACCGUUCCGAGUUCUGUGUCACACAAGUAGAGGAAACUAUGGGCUUCGCCGCGGGAAGGUACUUUGUCAAUGAGACAUUUGGAGGCGACUCCAGGGAGAAGGGGACGAAGAUUAUCACCGACAUUGUGAAGACUUUCAAGGCUUCGCUACCUCAUAUUGCAUGGAUGGACGAGGAGAGCGCCUCCGCUGCUGCUGGAAAGGCUGAUGCAAUUCGCGUGAAAGUUGGCUUCUCAUUGUCUCCUGAUACUCGUGAUCCACGUUCGAUCGCGAACUACUACUCGCUUGUCACGAUCCACAAAGAUACGUUCUUUGAGAAUAUUGAGAGCGCCAGCGUGGACGAACAGAGACGUGCUUGGCAAAAACUGGGCAAACAGCGCGAUCUCGACGAGUGGGAGAUGUAUCCCUCCAUGGUGAAUGCAUAUUUCAAUCCUCCCGCUAACGAGAUCGUCUUCCCUGCUGGCAUCUUGCAGCCUCCGUUUUUUUCCAAGGACUGGCCCGGAUACAUGUCCUACGGCUCGUUCGGGCAGGUCGCUGCCCAUGAGUUGACACACGCGUUUGAUUCUGCUGGUAGAAUGUACAAUCAGCAGGGCAAACUGGAAGAGUGGUGGACGAACGCUACCAGUGAAGGCUUCAACGUGAGGCAAGAAUGCAUCGUUAAGCAGUUUUCUGAAUAUACUGUGGACGAUGGGAAGGGCGGCACGGUUCAUGUCAAUGGCAAUCUGACAUCCGGAGAAAACAUUGGCGAUUCGGGUACCAUUCAAGCAUAUCGUGCAUGGAAGGCCCAGUACAACGGUGCGACCGAGUUCCUGCUGCCGGGAUUGAACUUCACUCGUGAUCAAAUGUUCUUCAUCGCGACAUCCCAGCAUUGGGCACGCAACAUCAAACCUGAGUCAGCAGUGGCACGCGUCCGGACUGAUCCGCAUUCGCCCAACCAAUAUCGCGUGGAUGGUACUCUUUACAACAUUCCUGAGUUUGCGACUGCAUUCCACUGCUCGGCGACAGCCAAGUUGAACCCACCGCAGGAAAAACGGUGCAUUUUCUGGUAG